CCCAGUCCCGGGAGGCCGCCGCGCCAGUCGCGCGGAUCGAGCCAUUCCCCGGCCCCAGGCCGGCUCUGGACGUGAGAACCCGGCCGCCUCCGGGGAGGAGAGGCGGGGGUCCUGCCGCCCCGUCCAAAGGACCAUGACCUCGGAGAUCCCCAGAAAGGGCCUUCUGAUGCUGCUGGUGGCCUUGGGCCUAACCAAGGGAGGUGUGGUGAAGGCCUCCAAGGAUCAGCUGGUGAACUGCACUUGUGAGAACCCACACUGCAAGAAGCCAACCUGCCAGGGGGCAUGGUGCACCGUGGUGCUGGUUCGCGAACAGGGCGGGCACCCUCAGGUCUAUCGGGGCUGCGGGAACAUGGACCCAGAACUCUGCCUGGGACGCCCCACCGAGUUCGUCAACCACCACUGCUGCUACCGGUCCUUCUGCAACCACAACGUGUCCCUGGUGCUGGAGGCCACCCAAACUCCUUCUGAAGAGCCAGAUGUCCAUCCCCCGCUGCCUCUGAUCUUGGGUCCCGUGCUGGCCUUGCUGGUCCUGGUGGCCUUGGGUGCUCUGGGCUUGUGGCGUGUCCGAAGAAGGCAGGAGAAGCAGCGGGGUCUGCACAGUGACCUGGGCGAGUCCAGUCUCAUCCUGAAGGCAUCCGAGCAGGGAGACAGCAUGUUGGGGGACUUGCUGGACAGUGACUGCACCACGGGCAGUGGCUCCGGACUCCCCUUCCUGGUGCAGAGGACGGUGGCCCGCCAGGUCGCACUGGUGGAGUGCGUGGGAAAGGGUCGAUAUGGCGAGGUGUGGCGUGGUUCGUGGCAUGGUGAGAGUGUGGCCGUCAAGAUUUUCUCCUCACGAGAUGAACAGUCCUGGUUCCGGGAGACGGAGAUCUACAACACAGUUCUGCUUAGGCACGACAACAUCCUAGGCUUCAUCGCUUCCGACAUGACCUCGCGCAACUCAAGCACGCAGCUGUGGCUCAUCACCCACUUCCAUGAGCAUGGCUCCCUCUACGACUUUCUGCAGAGGCAGCCACUGGAGCCGCAGCUGGCCCUGAGGCUAGCUGUGUCCGCGGCCUGCGGCCUGGCACACCUGCAUGUGGAGAUCUUUGGCACUCAAGGCAAACCAGCCAUCGCCCACCGUGACCUCAAGAGCCGCAAUGUGCUGGUCAAGAGCGACUUGCAAUGUUGCAUUGCGGACCUGGGACUGGCUGUGAUGCACUCCCAGGGAAGUGAUUACCUGGACAUUGGCAACAACCCCCGAGUGGGGACCAAGAGGUACAUGGCACCCGAGGUGCUGGAUGAACAGAUCCGGACUGACUGCUUUGAGUCGUACAAGUGGACAGAUGUUUGGGCCUUCGGCCUAGUGCUGUGGGAGAUCGCCCGGCGGACCAUCAUCAAUGGCAUUGUGGAGGAUUACAGGCCACCCUUCUAUGACAUGGUACCUAAUGACCCCAGCUUUGAAGAUAUGAAAAAGGUGGUGUGCACUGACCAGCAGACUCCCACCAUUCCUAACCGGCUGGCUGCAGAUCCGGUCCUCUCCGGGCUGGCCCAGAUGAUGCGGGAGUGCUGGUACCCCAACCCCUCUGCCCGCCUCACUGCCCUGCGCAUCAAGAAGACGUUGCAGAAGCUUAGCCACCAUCCGGAGAAACCCAAAGUGACUCACUAGCCUAGGCUCACUGCACUUCCUCUGCCUGAAGUGUGUGGUGGGGCAGCAGAUGUACCCUGUCUGGGUAGAGGUAGUGUGAGUGUGCACGUGGCCCUGUGUGUGCGUGCCUGCCCAGCUUGGCCCCCAGCCCAUCCAGCCAAAAAUACAGCUGGGCUGAAAUUCGAUCGGCUUUCGUCUGGCCUGCUCAGAGUGGCCGGCUCUCUGACGCCUGGCUGGGCUCCCCGGCCCCAAGGCCAGCAGGGUACACCCCUACCACUCCCAGGGCAGGGUAGCCAAGCCAGGGAAUCCCGGGCCCAGAUCCUGGGCUUGCACUGUCCCCUACCCUGGGUCAACCUUACUGCCCCACCGGAGCUGCCAGGAUGACACGGGGCCCGUCUAACUUCCGCAGACACUCCAUCCUGCCAGGGCCCAGCGGAAGAUGCCCAGAGGCCUCAGUUUCCCACUGUGGGUUUUUAUCACUUCGAUGAUGCCUUUCAGUCGUCCUGGCUAGUGAAUGCCAGUCUCUCAGGAGAGGUGGCGUCGGACCCUGAACUUGGCUUAGGAAAACAUCAAAAGUCCGGCAUUUAGAAAUGUGAAGGGUAUAUACCCGUGUACUGAACAAGUGAAACUGAAGCAGACAGACUGAGGAGAAGUGGGUUGUAGACAAGGCUUAAGGAGGAGAGUGGGGAGCUCAGGCCUAAGAUCAUCCUCAAUCUUAGGAAGACCUGGCCUAGAAACCCUUGGCCAUCAUCGCAGGGAGAAAGGACGGCUCGUCCCGCUACACACACACACACACACACACACACACACACACAGAC